AUGACAACGUCACAUAGACCCCAGUUAGAAGCGAGAAGUGGUGCUAAAAGUGCUGGUUAUACGCCAACAUCGAUCGAGCAUGCAAGAUUGUUACCAGGACAUACUACUUUGAAGUACAGAACAUCGGAAAAGAGAAACGAUGGAAAUAAGCAGCACCAUGUCGACGUAGGAACGAAUGAAAAUAUGAGAGCUGAAGAAAUAACAGACCUUUCUGCCGAGGAAGGAGAGUAUAAUGAUGCUGAAAGCUCCGAUCAAGAUUCUGAUGACGACCAAGAGGCACUUCGAAGGGAACUUGAUCAAAUAAGGAAAAGAAAAUCCAAACAAAGCAAAGUUAAGGCAACAGCAGAAGUAUCUGAGACAUUGACUUCCUCUGUUACGUCCCAGAGAACGGGAUGGCGUUCGAAAGUAUUACCUACUAAGAAAAAUGUUAAUAAGAAAGUAUCCAACAAUAAUACCAAGGGCAAAUCUUACAUAAACGAUCUCUCCAGAAGUGAUUAUCACAAGGACUUUUUGAAUAAAUUUGUUAAAUAA